GGCGUAGCAGGCCGUUCGAAAGGCUGCGACAAUUGUCGGCGGCGCCAUAUAAAAUGCGAUCUUGGCCAGCCAGCCUGCGGCAGAUGCGUCAAAGCCGAUUUGAAGUGUGGCGGGAGCCGCGACAUUACAUUCGUACACUACGAAGUCCAAACACCCGAUGAUGAAAUCUCUCGGGCAUCGAGCUCAUCGCCGCAGAGGAACUCUUUAGUUGUAUCCGAAACACCUACCUUUACCCCCUGGUCACUUUUAGGGGCCGAACUAUCUGUAUCGCAAGAUGACAUGUUUGUGAACUAUACCCGCGCCAAUUUGCUACACAAUAUCGAAUCAAAUUCAAUUUGGGUUCCAGAGAUUGACCGCAAGCUUGGCGAUGCAUCCUUAUUGGCUCUUGCUACAAUAUUUUUCGGCACCGAGCACAGAGAUAGCGCAUUAAUUCAGCGCGGCCUACAAAAAUAUAGCUUUACUAUAGAAGAGUUAAAUGCAGCUCUCAGAGACUCCACCCACUGUUAUUCGUCGGAUUUAUUUGAUGCCAUAUUGACCAUGGCCCUCCUUGAGUUUCAUAUUUCGGAACGAGAUCGUGGAUGGCUCAAUCAUGCAUGUGGAUUGGAGCGGCUAAUAGAACUUCGAGGGCCAGAGACAUUCAUGUCACUCCUAGACUUGAUGCUUUUCGAGCAAACUCGUUCACUAGUUCUGUUUGCUGCACUGACCCUUCGCAAGCCGACCAUUCUUUCGAGGUCAGAGUGGAAAACAAUACCCUGGACGUUAUAUCCAGACAGGAAAACAUAUAUGCAAAUGUUACUGGAUAUCCUCGCUGAUUGUCCUGAGCUUCUUGCUGCCAAAACUGAGCUUGAAUCAGAUCCAUUCGGAAGCUUGAAUUCUGAGAAGCGUCAAGAAUUAGCAAUUAUGACCCAAGGAGUAUUAGAAAGGCUUGACACGUUUGAAGAAGCCUGGAUUUCUGCUAAUUCGACUUGUGUCUGGGAAGUAAGUCCUCCUGGUUUGACUCCACCGAUUCCCAGUUCAGAAGGAGAACAAAUCCCUCUUUGGUCGACAGUCUUGCAUUACCAGUCUCUUGACCAUGCAAAUGUAGCUAUGAUGGGUUGUGCGGUACGCAUACUUGUAUUAAUUAUCUACCGAGAUCUACCUUGGAGUAUGUCAACAACAACAGCAGAGCAGAUUUCAACCCAACUAUUCAAGGCUAUCAUCACCGUAUGUCGAAGCCUGGACUAUCAGUUUCAAGAAAUAAACAAAGGAGCUAGCAGCCACAGCAUGUUUUAUCCCAUAAAGGUGGCUUUGAUAGCGACUAUUUAUGAUUACCCAACAAUUGGAAACUGGUUGAAGGGCAUUUUGGAUCAUCUCUCAGAUGGAUUUGCAGCGAAAUGGAGUGUGGCGACUCGAAAUCUUCGUUGA